UGAUUAUUUGUGUGCUGCGGAUUCGCACCCCUUCCCAAAUCGGCUUUUGCAGCUUAGGGUAGACACGGUCCUGCAUCAGAUUACUCCCCUUUUCUCGUGCAGAGGGUGAGAAGGGGAGGGUUUGGAGCAACUGGACGUCUGCUUAUGCCUUGUGGAACAUGCCGGGCGUCGUCAUGGACACUGCCAAUGUCGGCGAACAUAUACAGCGAUCAGGCCACAACUCGCAGAACGGCGUAUCGUAUGAACCUGGAGAGGGGACAUCAUUAAAAGGCUCUAAUGUCUUUCAAAAUGGCUCUUUCCAUACGAACGGCUUGGAGAGAAGUUCCGCUCAUCGCCCUGACGCUUCGACCGUCACAUCUGUGUCAGCGAAAACAAGAGAGUUACCAGAACUGUUUCACGUGACGCAAGGGUUCUUUCUCUUCUCGAAAUUGCUCAAUAGAUCAGCUCAGCAAUGCUGGAAUGACCUGCUCGAUAUGAUCACCGAAUUGGCAGAGAUUCAGGUAGCUCCUCAUGAUUCAGUAUAUGCAUCGGUUCCCAUCGCGGGGAAGCCGCAAGACAAUCAGUCGCCUGAGAACAUACAAAAGAAGCUCCGUGUACUCGAGUUUGCUCAUGCUAAACGUGCUGAGUUCAUCAAGCUUCUCGUCCUUUCUCAGUGGGGUCGACAAGCUGCGGAUGUCAGCAAGCUAAUUGACAUUCAAAAUUUUAUACGCAUACGCCACCAAGCCUACACAGGAGCGUUACAAUAUGUUGGAGACAUGAAGAAAAACCUCGUUCAGGCUCAAGUGGCGAAUCCAGAUAUCAGAACCUCCCUAGAGGUGUUAUCCAAGGGGAAAGUAGCGUCAAUGUCCGAUCUCGGUUACAAGCCUCCUAGGAAUUUAACGCCAAAGAGAACGCUAAGAAAGUUACGAAAGAUUAACAGACUUUUGAGUACACGUCUUGCUCUGCAUGAUGAGCUUCCCCCUUCCUUCCAAACAUACCGUAUUCAUGAUGGUCGAGUCACGUUCAUGGUACCUAAUGAAUUUGAGCUUGAUCUGUCUAUUGGGGAAGGUAGUGGGAUAUCGCAAUACUAUUUCGUGGAUAUCCGCUUCCUCUUCCAUCCAUCGUCAUCCAUUCCGAAGGGUCGAAUUUUCAACGAGCUUGAAUCUAAAGUGAAUGAUGUACUUCAAACCCACGGUUUGCCUGGUUGCUUUGAUCUAUUGCAUAAUCUGGUACUUACCAAUAAGAUCAAUGUCCUCUUCAAACAAGCCAUCGAAAUGGCAAGAGGACUCUGGGCUGAUGUAUUGCGCAUCGAGCUGUUGCAUCGGACCCUUGUUGUUCACUACUGGGCACGAAAGCCUGGUCACAAGAGCUGGGUAGAAGUUGGACUCAAUCGCGGCCGUCGCGGGUCUAAGCUAGGGGCCUCUGUGCCACCCUACCUGGGACUACGUUGGAUAAGAGACGGAGAGCAAAUCAGUUCUGGGGGCAUUGACUUUGACACGACGAAUCUCUCCAUGGAGCGUCUACUCCGGAGUGUUAUUGCUCUGCAUAUAACUCACAUCAUUUCUUCGGCCUAUAAUAGCAUAGGCGAAAGCCUACUCUAUUCAACCAGCGCGUUGUCCUUGCGAGCCCAGCUCACAGCUACUGAGCCAGGUAACUGCCUACUUGAAGUUCAACUCACGGAAACCAGACAUCUCAAGGUUUCAGUGGAGUCAAUGUCAGGCACGAACGUCUUUUCCACUACACCGACUGCGUUAGAGCGGCCUGAUCAUGAUCGACCCCUGGACAAGUCUUCUGUUGAUGACAUAGUUACUCGUGUCGCACGGCUCCGCUGCAUUGCAGCCAUAGAAGAAGUCGAGAGUUAUUUGAAGAUGCUCGGCUUCGACGUGAUAAAUCCAAGGGCGUUGAAUAUAGACGUCCGCAGAAUCUUCCCACCAAAUAUUCUGCGUUUCUCUUUCUUCAGUCACAGACUCUGGGAACGAAAUUGGAUUGUGGCAGCGACGAGCAGCAUGGAUGGUGAUAGUUGGUGGAUUGUUCAGUUUCGACCCGGGGCGCUAGCCAGGAGACAAUCAGCAUACGGUGUGAAGCUUGGUAACCGCUCCGCUUAUCGUUUUGCUCAGAUCGUCAGGAACACUUUCGUUCCUUCUCAGCUUGAGAAGAGCUAUGCGUCUCUCGCAGAUCUUGGGCACAGUCUAUCGGGCAUUCUGACCAUUUAUGCCAAUUCCUUUUAUUUGGCUGACUUGGAUGCUAUCAAAUUUUACCCACCUGUACACAAGCUGAAGAUUGAGGCAGGCUCCAAAACUCCAGACCUCUCUCUUCGAUAUGAGCCUGCAAAACUUCCCAACGCCUUACGUAUGGUCUUACCCGCAAGGAUAAAAAGGCAAGGGUUCGUCAGAGAGACUAUUCGUCUUACUUUCCUCGGCAUUGAUCCUCUGAAAAAUGUCGCUAUCAUAGGUGCCUACGGAAGAUUGAAUAUUCCAGUGAAAGCUUUCAGUGCCCUUAUUCGCAGAUGGGACCACUCAUUAGUUUUUCAAGAGAACGGCAACGGCUUUGCUAUUCGCCUUCUUGCAUCAACAGGUCGACCUAUCAUCGUUAGUCUCAUAGAAAAUCUACAGAGACUCGAAUGCGUGUUGUCUAUUUUAGAGACAUUGCAACGAAAAAAGAUAGAGGUCACAUCAUUAUCUCUGUCUGGAAUAUCCUUUACUUAUGGGCCCAAGAGAGAUUUCUCUGCCAGGCUUGAGAUUGGAAUCAUAAGACAUCCCUCCUUUUCAGAGGUUGAUGCGGUCGAGCUUGCAUCUAGGCCGGAUUCGAUCUUCCGUUUGGAGCUAGGCAUGCAAUUCGACUCCUCAAAUCCUCAUCGUCGAAUCCAGAGAUCACUUGCCUCUAGCUUGAAUCGUGCUUCGGCUGGGGCCAGCAUGGAAACCAUUGCUGAACUCCUGAAAAAAACACUCCCUCUUAUGAGAGCUUUUGACAAGCUCAUGGACAACACUUCUCGCAGCGAGUCUCUAAAAGUGCAGGUCAUAGUGCGCAACGCAAUGACCUAUAUCAUUCAUUACCCUGAUGCGGCUGUGCACUUUCGGUUAGUUGCCAGAACGCGUUCGAAUCGCCUAGUCUGGGUGCUUAGCGAUGUGAGCAACUCCGGGCCUCAUUCCGGCCAAGUUAGUCAUAUAUCCACCAAAGUGCAGCAAACACUAUAUCAUGCCAAGGGUGAGGGCUGGAGAGGGCUUGGAAGUGGCGUGAUUGCAGAGCUUGACCGGGUUGAAAGUCUUCUGCAAGAACUACACAGAUGCGUUACCGCCUCCAGGCCUAAUUCGGGUACCGCGGAGCAAUCGAGUAGCAAACCAAGAAAGUCCACGGCACCUGCUGAAGCUGUGGUGACUGAACCAGUACCUCGUGAUUCGUCACAAUUUGCCGAGCCCGGUGCUACUAAUAGUGCCGAUAUCAUCAUGAUUGAUUAGAAUCGCUUUCGAAGUGGAAAUAAUCAGCCUAAUUCAUGUUGGAGCAGGUUGCAUUGACAGACAUCUCGAAGCGCUCGUUCUCAUUUCUACUUUCGUAGGCCGUUAGCAAUCCCUCUAUCUACAUUUACCAUACAGCCUGUCUGAGUUCCAUUUCGCCUGAAAUUGAUUCCACGUCUUCAUUGGAUAUCUGGGUCGCUUAGGCUCACUGUGCACGAUAAUUCU